AUGGCCAACAAAAAUCUCUUGCUCCUGUUCAAUCGGCCCUGCGAGCCGCUCUACGUGCCGAAAGGCGAGAAAAGCGUCUGCUUUCAAGUGCCGGACUCCUAUCUCCCCGAUAAGUACCGCGACAAAUCCAAGAUAAUUCGGCAGCGUUUCAACAGCGAGGCCGAGUCGUUCGUCACGCUGAAACCCAUCGAUCCGCCCGAUCUCGCGCCCUUUCUGAAGAUAAAGCGCGACGAGGCGUUCUCGCUGCAAAUAACGAGCCAUCGACAGGCGGCGAUGGGACUCGUCGAGUUGUUCUUGAAUCUGAAAGAUCAAGAUGAAUUGCUAGCCGUGGCCGCCUACUGUCGUGAUCGCUUGAACACGCGUCUCUUCGUUUACGCUCUGUCCGUGGCCAUCCUCCACCGCGCGGACACGAAGGGUCUGCAGAUUCCCAAUUAUCACGAGAUGUUUCCCGAGGGUUACAUCGACUCCAAGGCCCUGCAACAGACUCGAGAGUACUCCUCGCUCUUGUCCGCCAGCGAACGAGUAAGCGCAUUUAUUUUACGAAUCAAUACACGACGACACGUGUCGCAAAUUUGCAUCUCGCUCUAUAUUCUCGUGUUAUAGCAACCGAUCGACAUCCCGCUCGAGUGGACGGCGACGAACGAGGACCCGGAGCACCGGGUGGCCUACUGGCGCGAGGACAUCGGCGCCAACAACUGCCACUGGCACUGGCACCUCGUCAAUCCGUUCUCCGGGCCCGAGCGCAUCGUACGCAAGGACCGCCGGGGCGAGCUCUUCUUCUACUUUCAUCAUCAGAUAAUGGCGCGUUAUCACGCGGAGCGUCUGUGCGCGGGUCUGCCCAAGGUCGAGCCGCUCGACAAUCUGGACGCGCCCAUACCCGAGGCCUACUUUCCCAAGCUGGAGAUGACCAUGGCCGGCCGGGGAUAUCCGGCGCGCACCGUCAAUAGCAAACUGCAGGACGUCGACAGGCCCAAUGAAAAUUACAGGAUCAGCCUGGCCGACAUGAAGCGUUACAUACAGAGGACUUGGGACGUGAUUUACAAUUUCAAGGCGCUCAAGAGCGACGGCACUUUUCUGCAGCUGGACGAGAGCAACGCCGUCGAGGUGCUGGGAAAUUUAUUCGAGUCGAAUCUCAUGAGCGUCAAUAAGGAUUUUUACGGCGACAUUCACAAUAGUUUGCACAAUUUGGUAUCGCUGCUGCACGAUCCCGAUAAUCGUUACUUGGAAAACUUUUCACCGAUCGGCGACGCCACCACUGCCAUGAGAGAUCCCGUGUUCUAUCGAAUUCACGCCUUCGUCGACGACAUCGUCAACGCCAUGCAGAGCAAGCUGCCACCUUACACUUGGCAACAGCUCUCCUUCGCCGGUGUGCGCGUCAGCGGCGUGCGCAUCGAGACCCCCGGCGAGAAUCCCAACACCCUCAACACUCACUGGACCCGCAGCGAGAUCGAUCUGUCCAACGGCAUGGAUUUCGCACCUCGCGAGCCAGUGCUCGUUCGCGUUCAGCACCUCAACAACGCGCCCUUCAAUUAUCGCAUCGACGCGCUGAACUAUCUGUACCACGACGCGUUGGUCAACGUUCGCAUCUUCAUGGCGCCCAAGUUGGACGAGGAGGGCCGUCCGUUGCCCUUCGAGGAGCAGCGCAGGCUCAUGUUCGAGAUGGACAAGUUUUUGGUCAAAUUGCAACGAGGCCACAACGUCAUCGCUCGAGCCUCGACCGCCUCGGCCGUGACGAUACCGUUCGAGCAGACCUUCCGCGAUCUGUCCAAGAAACCGGCGUCCGGCGAUCUCGACGCCGCGCUCGCCUACGACCUGUGCGGCUGCGGCUGGCCUCAGCAUCUGCUCGUGCCCAAGGGUACCGAGCAGGGCUUCCCCAUGGAUCUGUUCGUCAUGCUCACCGAUUAUUACGUCGACAAGGUGGACGACCCGAACGCGACGUUAACGGAAUCAUCGUGCACGAGCGCGGCCACUCUGUGCGGACUGCAGAAUCGCAAGUAUCCGGACUCGCGGCCGAUGGGCUUCCCGUUCGAUCGUCCGUCGCCGGCCAAUGUCGCGCGCAUCGAUCAGUUCCUCACUCCCAACAUGAUGCUGCAGCCGAUCACGAAAAUGGACAAGAAGAAUCUUUUGGAGUUGUUCGACCGUCCCAGGGAGCCAUCCUUCCUGCACUUCGAUCUGCCCCCGAACUACGUGCCCGAAUCGCAAUAUGAGGCAUCGCAGAGCCAAGCGAUCGCCACCCGCUUCGGCGACGACGUGCCCAAGAUCCACGUCAAGCAGGUGGCCAUCCCCGAUUUGAGCCUGCCCAUGUCGCUGGAUCGCGACGAGGCCUUCUCCCUCUUCAUGCCGGCUCACGCGAGAAUGGCCGCUCGCCUCACCGAGAUAUUCAUGGGUGCAAGAACGAGCGAGGAUCUGCUGUCUGUGGCCGUCUACUGUCGCGAUCGCAUCAAUCCGCAGAUGUUCGCCUACUGCCUGUCGGUGGCCAUACUCCAUCGUCGCGACACCAACGACCUGCAGCUGCCCCAGUUCAGCGAGAUCUUUCCCGACAAGUACGUGAGCGGUCGCACUCUGAACAAAGCUCGCGAGGUCGCCAACACCACCACCGGCGUGUCUCGCCGACCGAUCGACAUUCCCGUCGACUACACGGGCACGGACGCCGACCCCGAGCACCGAAUCGCCUACUGGCGCGAGGACGUCGGCAUAAAUCUCCACCACUGGCACUGGCAUUUAAUCUAUCCUUUCACCGGUCCCCGCGAGGUCGUCGUCAAGGACCGCCGCGGCGAGCUCUUCUACUACAUGCAUCAUCAGAUAAUCGCCAGGUAUAACACCGAACGCUUGGCUAACGGCCUGGCAUUGGUCGAGCCUCUGCGCGGCUUCUUCGACCCCAUACCCGAGGCCUACUUUCCGAAGCUCGACCAGGGCGUCGCGGGUCGCUCGUUCCCCGGCCGUCCGCGCAACUACACCAUGUCGGACGUCCGUCGGCCCGAGCUCGAGCUCAACUUCAACAUAGCCGAUCUCGAGGUGUAUCGUCGUCGCUUCAUCGACGCGAUCCGACGUCGCGAGGUGCGUCGCAGCGACGGCAGCACCGUCCGACUGGACGAGCAGAACGGCAUCGAGAUCCUGGGCAAUAUGCUGGAGGCCUCGCCCGUGCUCUCCGCCAACUCGAGCUUCUACGGCGAUCUGCACAACUCGCUGCACGCCGGCAUCGGUCUGGCGCACGACCCGGACGGCCGUUACCUGGAGAACUUCAGCGUGCUGGGCGACACGGCCACCGCCAUGAGGGACCCGGCCUUCUACCGGAUCCAUCAGCUGGUCGACGAUCUGCUGCAUCUGUACAAGGACUCGCUGCCGCCCUACUCCCUGCAGGAGCUGAAUUUCUCGGGGGUGCAGAUUACCGAUCUGAGACUGUCGACCGUGGGCGCGCCCCUCGACACCAUCUCCACUCACUGGACCAAGAGUCUGCUGGAGAUGUCGCGCGGCCUGGACUUCGCGCCCCGCGAGCCCGUCCGCGUGCGUGUCCAACAUCUGAAUCACGUCGACUUCGAGUACAACUUCACCGUGCACAACAACAUCGGCCGCGAAUUGGUCGGCACCGCGCGCAUCUUCAUCGCGCCCAAGUACGAUCAGAACAGGAGCCGUCGUUUCACCUUCAACGAGCAGAGAAAAUUGAUGAUCGAGAUGGACAAGUUCACCGUUCCGCUCAAGCCCGGGGUCAACUACCUCAACAGGAGCUCGGUACUGUCGUCCGUCACCAUCCCCUUCGACGCGACUUUCCGCGACCUCGACGAGAGCCGGCCCGACAAGGACGCCCUGCAGAGCUUCCUCGACUUCAACUUCUGCGGCUGCGGCUGGCCCCAGCACAUGCUCGCACCCAAGGGCAACGAGCGCGGCUUCCCCAUGGACCUCUUCGUCAUGAUCUCCAAUUACGAGUUCGACCGAGUCGAUCAGCCCGCGCCGAGCGGCGGCAGCUGCAACGAGGGCAUGAGCUUCUGCGGCCUCAAAAACAGCAAGUACCCGGACGCCCGGCCCAUGGGCUAUCCGUUCGAUCGUCCGGCCAACGUCCAGUCCGUGGAGGAGUUCGUCCUGCCCAACAUGGCCGUGAAGGAGAUCAGCGUCAGGUUCCAGAAUACCGUGCAGCCGCGCCAGAUCUCGUUCGGGCUGAGAAAUUAA